AUCUAUCACGGUUCAAAUACUGCACAUCUCCCGUCGCAUAGAAGCUAUACUACCUGUCUUGGGAGCUAGAUCGCCGGUCUAUUGUCAUUACUAAGCACCACUCGCCACAUUGCCAUGCCACCAUCCAGACUAAAGGGCCCGUCUCUGAGGUUCAAGAACAAAACGCGGGAAUUCGCACCUAUAGAAGACGAGUCCGAGGCAAAGGAGCUCCUUAAAAACUCGGAUCUCAUGGCGCAGGAGCCAUCCAAAGACAUGUGUCCGAUCUGCAAAACAGACCGCUACCUCUCCCCCUCGAUGAUCUUUAAGAUCAACCCGGAGUGUUACCACAAGAUGUGCGAGUCCUGUGUGGACCGUAUCUUUGCACUAGGCCUGACGCAGUGCCCAUACCCUGGGUGCAACAAGAUUUUGCGUAAGAACAAGUUCAAGAAGCAGGUGUUUGACGACUUGGAGAUCGAGAAGGAGGUAGACACCCGUAAGAAGAUCAUGGAGAUAUACAACAAGCCGGAAGAAGCAUUUGCGGAAUUGCAGGCCUAUAACGCAUACCUCGAGGAAAUUGAGUCGAUCAUCUUCAACUUUAUUAACUCCGUGGACUUGGAUGAGACCCAGGAGAAGGUCACCAAGUACCAGCAAGAGAAUGAACAGGUUAUCCACAAGCAGAACAUGAUCAAUACCAGCAACGUGAUGAAGUUCAACGAUAACAUGAAGUUCUUGAACGACUUGAAGGUGCAGAAGCAGAAGUUGCAGAAGCAGAUCAGCGAGGACGAGCUGAAUUUGAUAAAGUUGACCCAGAUGGAGAUAUUGAACGAUAUGGACGAUCAGGCGGCCCACAAUGCCAGCAUCCUCGAUAACGUCACGAUUGCCAAGUCCAAGGAGUCGGUAAUAAAGCGCUCGUCUGCCAGAAAGCGUAAGUUGGAGGAGAUUUCUAAUGCCAUCACCCAUUCCGCCACGAAUCUUAGUGGCACCUCAGGAAGCGGGAACAACAAGCGGAAACUCGCGGGCAAGCAAGAAGAGGAAGAAGAAGAGGAGCUCGCGCCGUUCACGCCGUUCGUUGGCGACCGCUACGACAACUUCAUCAGCGUCCAGCGCGAGUUCAAGAGCAUGCGUACGCUCCAAGACGAGGAGAAUUCCGGUUCCAGGUUCGUAAUCGACGACGAGACUGAAUUAUUCUACGACCCGGUGAUGUACGGCUUGUUCGAGAGCAAGAAGGAGUUCCGUGCGAGUGGCUACAAGAUAAACAACUUCUUCAACAAGGCGUUGAUGGACUGCAACUUCGGGUUGAACUGUAUCAUCUCAGUGGAGAAAUAGAAGGGAAAAUUCAGGUUGAACUGUAUUAUCUCAGGGGAGAAAUAAAAGGGAAGUUUAGGUUGAUACGAUUCGGUUCAAACAUAAGUGCAGGCUGUAAAGUGUAGAUGGUUAUAGACCCGAGGUUAUUUUGUAUAGCAAGACUAAGGGAUGCGUUAAUCUAGAAACAUUACUUUUUACCCCAGAGGACGUGGACCAAAGCUGGCUUGUU